CCUCUCUACUUUGCUCUUACUUCUUCAUUUCCAACUCUCUUCCCUCCUUUCAUAUAACCUUAUUCUUCUCUGCGUUCCCUCCGUCCGGGACUGCUUUUAGGGCUUGUUGGGGAUGUGUUGUGGUUCAAAAAGUGAACUCGUUUCCUCAAAUUUCACAAUGGAGGGUGAGCUACAGGAGCAAAAAACUGUUGCUCCAUGUAAUUGCUCCGUUUUGCUCGAAUUGGCUGCCUCUAAUGAUCUGGUAGCCUUUAAAACCGAAGUAGAAGAGAAAGGUUUGGAUCUUGGUGAAGCAAGUUUCUGGUAUGGUAGAAAAAUCUGGUCGAGAAAGAUGGGAUUUGAAGAGAGGACACCCUUGAUAAUCUCUGCCAUGUUCGGUACCGUUGAUGUUUUGAAAUACAUCAUUGGAAGUGGCAAGAUUGAUGUGAAUGGGGCUUGUGGUACUGAUGCAGUUACUGCCCUUCAUUGUGCUGUUGCUGGUGGUUCGGAUUCUUCGGUUGAGAUUAUCAAGCUGUUGCUUGAUGCAUCUGCUGAUGUUAAUCGUGUUGAUGCUAAUGGGAACAAACCUAUCGAUCUGGUUGUGCUGGCUUUAAAGUCUUUGAGUAAUUCCAGAAGAAAGGUGAUUGAGUUGUUGCUAAAAGGUGAGAAUGUAAUUGGUGUUAGCGGUCAUAUUCUUAACCAGAAAGACGAAUCUGAAAAGACGGUGCUGCCUCAGUUGGUGAAAGAAUCUGAGAAGAAAGAAUAUCCUGUUGAUGUAUCACUUCCUGAUAUCAACAACGGUAUCUAUGGAACUGAUGAUUUCAGGAUGUAUACCUUUAAGGUGAAGCCUUGCUCGAGGGCAUACUCCCAUGACUGGACUGAGUGCCCUUUUGUUCAUCCUGGCGAGAAUGCGAGGAGGAGGGACCUAAGGAAGUACCCUUAUAGCUGCGUGCCCUGCCCCGAGUUCCGGAAGGGGGCAUGCCCUAAGGGUGAUGCUUGUGAAUAUGCUCAUGGUAUUUUUGAAUCUCGGCUGCAUCCUGCUCAAUAUCGAACAAGGCUUUGCAAAGAUGAGAUUUGGUGCAAUCGCAAAAUCUGCUUCUUUGCCCACAAACUUGAAGAAUUACGUCCCGUGAAUGCUUCAACUGGUUCAGCCAUGCCUUCGCCGAGGUCUACUGCUAUCAAUGCAGUGGACGUGGCAAAUUUGAGCCCUCUAGCACUUGGUUCAUCCUCCUUGCCACUGCCUACUGCUUCAAUACCACCCAUGUCUCCUUUAGCUGCUUCUUCCUCUCCAAAUAUCUGGAACUUGUGGCACAACAAAGUUAACCUCACUCCACCUGCCUUGCAUCUACCAGGUAGCCGCUUAAAGGCUGCUUUUAAUGCCAGAGAUUUUGAUUUGAAAAUGCAAUUACAUGCCCUUGAGAACCAUGCUAGCCAAUUGCAACAGCAACAGUUGAUGGAUGAAAUAGCUAGUCUCUCCUCCCCAUCUAGCUGGAGAAACGAAUACAGUAGGCUUGAGGAUUUGAAGCCUACUAAUCUCGAUGGUGCUUUUGGAUCCCUUGAUCCAUCUCUUCUGUCUCCCUUGAAGGGACUUUCAGUAAAAUCUGCAACACCAACCCAGUUGCAAUCUCCAACUGGGCUUCAAAUUCGCCAAAACAUGAACCAGCUCCGAGCAAGCUACCCAAUGAACCUUUCAUCAUCUCCGGUGAGGCAGCCAUCAGCAUUUGGUUUUGACUCAUCUGCUGCAGUGGCUGCAGCAGUAAUGAAUUCCAGGUCUUCCGGAUUUGCAAAACGGAGCCAGAGUUUUAUAGACCGUGGGGCAAUGACCAGUCGGGCUGGACUUACUGCCACCUCCACAACCAUGAUGUCUUCAAAUAUUUCUGAUUGGAGUUCCCCUGAUGGGAAACUGGAUUGGGGCAUUCAAGGAGAUGAGCUGAACAGGCUUAGGAAGUCUGCUUCUUUCGGAUUCCGGAACAACAAUCCCACCACAACAGCAACGACAAACAUGAUGGCAUCCAAUGCCAAUGAGCCAGAUGUGUCCUGGGUUCACUUGAUCGUGAGAGAUGGUGCUUCUACGGGAGAGCAGUUGCAGCAGCAACAACGUUACAGUGUCGGUAAAGGGGUUCAAGAAACACUUCCACCGUGGAUGGAGCAAAUGUACAUAGAACAGGAGCAGAUGGCAUAAGAAAUACCCCUCUGCUCGUAUCCAUAUUCUAACUUAUAUAUCUAAUA